AUGUCGGCAACUCCAGAGGAAAAUGACACACACCAAGGUGAGAAACAAGAAGAUUGUAAUACUAGGUGUAAAACGUUCAAGGGAAUCUUAUUCGCUGAGCGAAUAUAUGAGGCAACAAAAAAUGGUCUCAAUCUGUUGAGUGAAUUUGCGUCAGACAACAAAUCCUUCUCGAUGGGUAAAAUUGAUCAAUGA